AUGAGUGAAGCUGAAUCCAUAAGCUCGCUCUCGGUUACAUCGACCCACGAGUCCAUCCACUCGGAGCUGAGUGAUGCCUCGGAGCUGAAUGAUCACCGCCAUCAAAGUAUGUCUUUGCCCGUCAAAACCGAUUCGAGAAAGGUUCUGGAGGAGCUGGAAGGAGGCCCUAUUCCUGUUCCGCAAGCCAUCCCCGAGGAAGAUGCCGUAGCUGCACCUACCAGAUUGGGAUCCACUGAUUUGCGCUCCAAGAUGGUGGUUGCAGAUAGCGAAUCCGAGACGGAUGAGGAGUAUGGGAUUCGAUUUGCUGCCAACAGGAUCGGCGGUUUUGACAAACGCCGUCUGACUGCCGCCUCACUGCUCACGAGACCUAGAUCACGUUCGUCGGGUCAUACUCCAAAGACUGGAAUUCUACUUCACAAGGAUGAUCAUCUCACAAGACAGAUUUCGCGCACCUCUGCACGGUCCACAGCUAGUGUCGAACGAAAGAAACGUGCCAAUGAGAAGGCAAUCGACUCGGACGCAGAUUCACAUGGUUCGCGUGACUCCCAGGAGACUGAAGAGGAUGUUUGUUUCCCGAUGCUUCCAGAGCCCACUCGUGCAAGAGUGAAGGGUAUUGAUUUUGGCGAAAUUGAAGACUUCAUCAAGGAGCAGAACGAGGAAACUGAAACGAUUCUUCGUCGCGAAGGUCAGCUAAAGGAGAAGUACAUCGACCAGCCUGAAAACUUUUCUGGAUCAACAACUACAAGCUCCAAGAAGUUCAGCAGUGCAGCUUUGAAAUACACUCCGAAGUUCAAAAAGAAGGUUGAGGAUGACUCGUCUCUUCACACCAAUCGUUCUAGCGACCCUUACUAUGCCGAGAUGAAAUUUGGGUCUAAAAGCUCUACAGAAGAGGAAGAUUGCGAAAAAGAAGGUGUCACGUUUGAGAAGUCUACUACGGACCAAUUUUCAGCACCACCCGACCGUUUCAGCUUCUUCUCUUCUGAAAACGAGGAAACUAUUCAUGCUGCUGACUUUCCUUCGCUUGUCAAGCCUGGUCAGCCAAUCCAAGAGCUUUUCUACGGCGACGAUGCUACUUGGUGGCUUGACUGUACUUGCCCUACAGAUAACGAGAUGAAGAUGCUUGCCAAAGCGUUUGGUAUCCAUCCUUUGACGGCUGAAGAUAUCAGAAUGCAAGAGACACGUGAGAAGGUGGAACUAUUCAAAUCAUACUACUUUGUAUGUUUCCAUACGUUCGAGACCGAUAACGAGUCAGAGGACUUCCUUGAGCCAAUCAACACCUACAUUGUCGUUUUCCGCUACGGAAUUUUGACGUUCCAUUUCUCACCAAUAGCUCAUCCAGCAAACGUGAGAAGACGUGUGCGCCAGCUUCGUGAUUAUGUCACCGUUUCCGCUGACUGGCUUUGUUAUGCGCUAAUCGAUGACAUUACCGAUGGAUUCGCCCCUGUGAUCCACGCCAUCGAGUACGAAGCAGAUGCCAUUGAAGAUUCUGUGUUUGUGACCCGCGAUGUCGAUUUUGGUAACAUGCUUCAAAGGAUUGGAGAUUCGCGCAGAAAGGUCAUGACGCUGAUGCGACUCCUUUCGGGAAAGGCUGAUGUGAUCAAGAUGUUUGCUAAGCGGUGCCAGGAUGAGGCCGGUGUGGGUAAUCUGCCGAACGCCAGCGUUUCGCAUGGGAACCUCGCGCAGUUGAAUGGAGCCCAGCCAAGAGGCGAUAUAGCACUCUAUCUUGGCGAUAUCCAGGAUCAUAUUAUCACCAUGUUCCAGUCCCUGUUGUCCUACGAAAAGAUUUUUUCUCGGUCUCACGCGAAUUAUUUGGCACAACUGCAGGUCGAAUCCUUUAAUUCCAAUAACAAAGUCACGGAGAUGCUAUCUAAAGUGACACUUAUCGGUACCAUUCUGGUACCCUUAAACCUGGUAACAGGUCUUUUUGGAAUGAACGUUCACGUUCCUGGCCAGGAUAUCGAGACAUAUGCGUGGUUCUUUGGAAUUGUGGGAUUCAUCAUCUUUGUGGUACUUUUUAUGGCUACUUUUGCAAGUCUUUGGUUGCGCCGUACAGUGGAUAACAAAGGUUUUGGAAUACCUUCCCAGGGCAGGUCCAUGAAGUCUUUUGGUCUGAGGCCUUUCAGCAAGCCAAAACAGGCAAAGAGUGUGUUGAGUUUGCCCUCAAAGUACACGAGAUAUAAUUAUUGA